AAUUGCGUAUGCACUUUGCCAUUCAAACAUAAAAAACCUCUACAUCAUGAAUACGUGUUCAUCUGUCAUUGGCUGUCAUCAGGUGGUCAGUGACCCCGCUGUCACUCAAUCAUUGCCACCCACCACGUAUAUAAACCGCGACAGACUUUAAAACUACCGUUUCUACUCCGAUUUGUGUCUCUCAUAUUUAUCUCUCCUCCUUUCCCCUCUCUCUAUAAUUGGACGCAUACACGUCUUCGGCGGCUACCGGAGAUCGGAGACGCCGUCCCACAGGGAGCCCACGACGUCGCAAAAAGAUAAAUACGACCUCAGAUGAAGAUUUUCGUGAAGACUCUGAAGGGCUCGCACUUCCCCGUCGAAGUGAAACCCGAGGACACUGUGGCAGAUGUGAAGAAAUGUAUUGAAGAAGUCCAGGGCUCUGGUGUCUACCCUGCUGCUCAGCAGAUGCUUAUUUAUCAAGGAAAAGUUCUGAAGGAUGAGACAACUCUUGAGGAGAACAAAGUUGCAGAAAAUAGUUAUGUCGUGAUUAUGCUGACCAAGACCAAGGCUUCAUCAAGUGGAGGAACUGCAUCUGCUCCGCCAUCGAAUGCUCCACAACCUGCGAGUAAUACAUCUCAACCAACAUUGCCUGUAACAGCAGCUCCUUCUCCUGCACCAACUGUGGCCCCCGUGCAAUCAGCUCCUGAAUCUUCUCCUGUCCCAGUUCCUUCUCCUGCCCCUGCUCCUUCAGCUGAUGUGUAUGGUCUAGCAGCAUCAAAUCUUGUUGCUGGAAGUAAUCUGGAGUCCACCGUUCAAGAAAUUAUUGACAUGGGAGGAGGAAGUUGGGAUAGAGAUACAGUGGUCCGUGCCCUAAGGGCUGCAUUUAAUAAUCCUGAAAGAGCUGUUGAAUACCUCUAUUCUGGUAUUCCAGAGCAAGCGGAAAUUCCUCCUGUGGCUCAACCUCCUGCAGGUGGGCAGCCUGUAAACCCUUCAUCCCAGGCUACACCUCCAGCUGUACCUCCCAGUGGUCCUAAUGCUAAUCCUUUGGAUCUUUUUCCUCAGGGUCUUCCAAAUAUGGGUUCUAAUGCAGCCGGUGCUGGCACAUUAGAUUUUCUUCGUAAUAGUCAGCAGUUUCAAGCCCUACGAACCAUGGUUCAAGCAAAUCCUCAAAUUUUGCAGCCUAUGCUCCAAGAACUUGGAAAGCAGAAUCCACAACUUGUAAGAUUGAUCCAAGAACAUCAGGCCGACUUCCUUCGCCUAAUAAAUGAACCUGUUGAAGGCGAGGGAAAUAUACUUGGGCAACUCGCUGAAGCAAUGCCGCAGGCUGUGACUGUUACUCCUGAAGAGCGGGAAGCAAUUGAACGCCUUGAAGCAAUGGGUUUUGAUCGAGCCUUGGUACUGGAAGUCUUCUUCGCAUGCAACAAAAAUGAAGAGCUGGCAGCGAACUACUUGCUCGAUCAUAUGCACGAAUUUGAUGAAUGAAGGCAUUGCAAUUGAGGAUCUUGUGAGUUUACCUUGUUUAAAGAACUUAACGUUGCUGCGUGGAUUAACUUUUAAAUAUCGUUCACAGUGGCUAUCCUAGACAGUAUCGUUUGGAUACACAAGGUAGAUAAAUUCUUAAAAUUGUGGUCGUCAACAAGUACCUUUUUUCAUCUUCCUUUUUUUCUUCAACUGCUAGUCUCUGUUAGGCACAUUAUAUUUGGCGUUUGAUUUGGUUUUCACCGUUUCCAGCAUUGGUGCCCCAGUAUGAAUGCUUCAUUUUAUUCUUUUCA